GGAAGUGGCGGUCGCCCCGCUCGCCGGCGGUCAAUGGCGGUGGUGCGCGCCGUGGACUGCCACUGCCACCUCGCCGCGCCGAGCUUCCACGCGGACGUGGCGGCCGUGUUGCGGGCGGCGGAGCAGGCAGGGGUGUCGGCGCUGGUGGUGGUGUCAGAGCGGGCAGCGGAGUUCCAGAGCGUCGUGGAGCUGUCAGAGAGAUUCCCAGGGGUUGUGUUCCCAUGCCUGGGGGUUCACCCGGUGCAAGAGAUUUCACUGGAGGAGCAGCGCAGUGUUACUUUGAAGGAUCUGGAUGCUGCAUUGCCGCUUAUAGAACUCUUCAAAGAUAAACUGGUGGGCAUUGGAGAAGUUGGGCUAGAUUUCACUCCCAGAUUUGCCAGCACCGAUGAACAGAAGGAAGGACAAAGACAAGUUUUGAUUAAGCAGAUUGAGUUAGCAAGACGACUGGAUUUGCCUUUAAAUGUUCAUUCCCGCUCAGCUGGAAGACCAACCAUUAAUCUCUUAAAGGAACAAGGUGCUACGAAGGUGUUGCUCCAUGCAUUUGAUGGAAAGCCAUCUGUAGCGAUGGAAGGGGUAAAAGCUGGAUACUACUUCUCCAUUCCUCCUUCUAUUAUAAGGAGUGAACAGAAGCAGAAGCUCGUGAAAGUGUUACCUCUGGAAAAUAUGUGCUUAGAAACUGACUCUCCUGCUCUGGGGCCUGAAAAACAGGUGAGAAACGAACCAAAAAAUAUUUACAUUGCAGCAGAAUAUAUUGCCAAAAUUAAAGGAAUUCCGGUUGAAGAAGUUGUAGAAAUGACUACACAGAAUGCACUGAAAGUAUUUCCCAAACUUCGGAACUUUCUUCGGAUAUAGACUUAGAAACUGAAACAUAUGAUAUUGCAGAAACUAUUAUUUAUGGUGUAAUGAAUAAAAGUAACACGUAUUUUGUCUUUCUGAGUCUCCUU